CUUUAAUAAAGCGGAAGUUAACGUUCAUGGUACUGGUAAGAGUUAUCGGCGAUGGCGCUUGAUGUAAAGUCCAGAGCCAAACGAUACGAGAAACUGGAUUUUCUCGGAGAGGGUCAGUUUGCUACAGUGUACAAAGCCAGAGACAAAAAGACAGACACAAUCGUUGCCAUUAAAAAGAUUAAAGUUGGCCACAGAACUGAGGCUAAAGAUGGAAUCAACAGGACUGCACUGCGAGAGAUCAAAUUGCUGCAGGAGCUGCAUCAUCCAAAUAUUAUUGGGUUGCUAGAUGCAUUUGGACAUAAAUCUAACAUCAGCCUGGUCUUUGAUUUCAUGGAAACUGAUUUGGAGGUGAUCAUCAAAGACACCAGCCUAGUCCUGACUCCAGCCAAUAUCAAAGCUUACAUCCUCAUGACUCUACAGGGAUUAGAGUACAUGCAUCAACACUGGGUCUUACACAGGGAUUUGAAGCCCAAUAAUCUAUUGCUUGACGGUAACGGAGUGUUGAAGUUGGCUGACUUUGGUUUGGCCAAAGCAUUCGGCAGCCCCAACAGAGUCUACACUCAUCAAGUUGUUACCAGGUGGUAUCGUUCCCCUGAGCUUCUGUAUGGCGCCAGGAUGUAUGGAGUGGGUGUUGACAUGUGGGCAGUGGGAUGCAUCCUGGCAGAAUUGCUCCUCCGGAUACCGUUUCUUGCUGGAGACUCAGAUCUUGACCAGCUCACCAAGAUCUUUGAGGCUCUUGGGACCCCCACGGAAGAAUCAUGGCCUGGAGUGAGCAGUCUACCAGACUAUGUGCCAUUCAAAAUAUUUCCUGGCACGCCUCUGGAGCACAUAUUUAGCGCAGCUGGAGAUGACUUACUAGAGUUGCUACAUGGGCUCUUCACAUUUAACCCCUCCACAAGGACCACAGCCACACAGGCUCUGAAGAUGAGGUACUUCAGCAAUCGGCCUGGUCCUUCUCCAGGCCCCCAACUCCCCCGACCCAAUUGCUCUGCCGAAGCUCUGCGAGAGAUGGAUACAGCCAGGCUCAAGAGGAAAACUGAAGGCCUGGAAACAACUUCCAUGAAGAAGAAGUUGAUGUUCUAACCAGAUGGGACCCGAUGUCAUUCAUGGCGAAGGAGCUGCUGCGUCUUUCAGUCCUGCAGGGGAUGUAAAGUAGGGCCUGUGGUCAUUUGGCACAGUUGUGAUGCCUGCCUGAACUCUGGCAAUAACCUGCUGGAUUGUGGCUAAAUUAAGUGACUGAAAAAGAAUGACCACAAGCACAAGCAAGCCUGUUCUAUUUCUGGAUAUAUUAUUAGGACAUCCAGCCAUUUAAAUCAUGGGCACAUCUAUGAGGUGAAAGGUCACUUAUGUUCUAGUUGAUGCCAACAAUGUUUGGGGCAAGGGUUUCCUUAUCCGGGCAUGCCUGUGUGCACUGGGUCAGUGUCAGUCCUGCUGAAUUGGAGGCAUAAAAUGAUGUAUUGAUAAAGUGAGGAAUCCCUCUGAUCCAAAUGUUAAAAAAUUGUGCCUCAAUCCUUUUGUCCAUAUAGAGUACAUAUCAGAUGUGUGCACUCGAGUCACGUGACUUGAAAAUUUUGAUGACUGGACUUGACUUGGCAAUAUCAUCAAAGACUUACAACUCAACUUGGCCUUUGACAUCAAUGACUCGGGAAUUGACUCGAACUUUAGUCUGAUGACUUGAAAAUACUUGAAUUUCAGUGAAUGUGUUGAGUAAAAUGUGUCUCCAUUCAAAGUAAUUUCCAGCGAGACAACAUAUUUUACCUUUGAAUCUGCCUCAUUGAAUGCAUCUAUUAACGUCUAGUCAGGUUUAAGAACAAACAACUAAUGUGUGGAUUACAUUUCUGUGCACUGACUAAAUUCUGAAUGCUAUGUCAGCACUCUUUUUCUGCAAUAAUGCUUGUUCCACUGGUCUUAUUUUAUUUAAAAAAUAAAACAAUUCAAAAUGCAUUCACUGUAUUUGUCAAAUUUAAUAAAUUGUUACAUUGUUAAAAUGGCAUUUUCUUUUGGAGACACUAAACAAUGCUUAUGACUUGUAAGGACUCGAAGGUUUCAAGCCUAUGACUUCGGACUUGACUCAACCUGUCUAGUCUUGACUUGAGAUUGACUUGGACUUGCACGUCUUUACUUGAGACUUGCAAAACGCUGACCUGCUUCCACCUCUGGUAUGCAUUAUGAGUUUUGUAUUAAAAAACAAAUACUGCAAAUAAUGAGGU